CUGCGUUGCCCCGAGCGCCCACCCUGGGGCCGCGGACUGCUGGGAGGGAGGUGAACCUCGGGCCGGGGCGGGAACCCCCCUCCGGGCGGCGGGGGCGGCCCCUGGUGUGUGCUCUUGGGGCGUUUAGUCCUUGCAGCUCUUCACCGAGUCUCGCUGUCCUUCACCCGCGCCCCGCCCAGACUCGAGGAAGCCGCUGGGACGCGUCCGGGCCGACAGGGCGGUUUCCGAGAGGCGGAGCUCAGUCGCCCAUUUCCUUUCUCCGUCGGCUAGAACCCGGACGGCGACAGCACCCUCUGGCUUCGGACCCUCCUGCGCCAGGCCCAGCGCUGCGCGUGGCCCCACCGGCAGCAUGGGCGGCGCCCGGGAUGUGGGCUGGGUGGCGGCGGGCCUGGUCCUAGCGGCCGGCGCCUGCUACUGCUUCUACAGGCUGACGCGGGGCCGACGGCGAGGCGGCCCCGGGCUACGGCUGCGCCCCUCGCGGUCCGCAGAAGACUUAACCAAUGGCUCAUAUGAUGAUAUCCUAAAUGCUGAACAACUUCAGAAACUCCUUUACCUGCUUGAAUCUACUGAGGAUCCUGUCAUUAUCGAAAGAGCUUUGGUCACUCUGGGUAACAAUGCAGCCUUUUCAGUCAACCAAGUCAUGAUUCGUGAAUUGGGUGGUAUUCCAAUCGUUGGAAGCAAAAUCAACAAUCCCAACCAGAGUAUUAAAGAGAAAGCUUUAAAUGCACUGAAUAACCUGAGUGUGAAUGUUGAAAAUCAAAUAAAGAUAAAGGUGUAUGUCAGUCAAGUCUGUGAGGAUGUCCUCUCCGGCCCCCUGAACUCCGCUGUGCAGCUGGCCGGACUAAGGUUGUUAACAAACAUGACGGUGACCAAUGACCACCAGCACAUGCUUAGCAGUUACAUUACAGACCUGUUCCACUUGUUGCUCACGGGAAAUGGAAGCACCAAGGUUCAAGUUUUAAAACUGCUUUUGAAUUUGUCGGAAAAUCCAGCCAUGACAGAUGGACUCCUUGGUGCCAAAGUGGAUUCAUCAUUCCUUUCCCUUUAUGAUGGCCAUGUAGCAAAGGAGAUUCUUCUUCGUGUUCUCACACUGUUUCAGAAUAUAACUACCUGCCUCGAAAAGGAAGGCCAUUUAGCUAUUCAGCCAACUUUCACUGAAGGUUCACUGUUUUACCUGUUAUAUGGAGAAGAAUGUGCCCAGAAAAUGAGAGCUUUAGUUUUUCACCAUGAUGCAGAUGUGAAGGAAAAGGUAACAAUGAUACCAAAAUUCUAACUGGUUGGUCAUAUUUUUCCAAAGAGUAAUGCAGUCUAGAAAUAAUACACAUAAACUUCUCAUUUUUCACCUUCCUUACAAAGGGAUUCUUUCAACUGCUGAAUUUAAACAGUAAAUAACACCUUUCAUCAUUAACACAGCUACAACUUGCCCUGGUCUCCUGGUUUAUUUUGGACCAUUUUAUUGAUACCAAAUGAAUAUAAGAGCUUGUUCUGAAACCA